CUCCCGUCUCCCCCUCCCCUGCUCUGACACGUCCCUCCCGGUGCUCCUGCAUGGCCUCGGCCGCUCUCCUGCUACUCCUGCCGGGCCUGGUGCUGGCUGCCGGGCAGGCGCUGGUCCCCGAGCCCGGGCGGGACGGGCCUCCUUCUCUGGUGCUCGCCAUUAUCGCCCGUAACGCGGCCUAUUCUCUGCCCUACAGCCUGGGGGCGCUGGAGAGACUCAACUACCCCAAGGACCGGGUCUCAGUCUGGUGCGCCACUGACCACAACGAGGACGCGACUAGCCAGGUGCUGCAGGAAUGGCUGGAAGGAGCGCGCCCGUCGUAUCGCUCGGUGGAGUGGACCGCGCAGGAGGUGCCCAGGUGGUACCCGGAGGAGACCGGUCCGAAGCAUUGGCCCAACGAACGUUACGAGAACGUCAUGAAGCUGAGACAGGAGGCGCUGAACUUCGCCCUGAGAAACAAGGCGGACUAUAUCCUGUACACAGACGCUGAUAACGUCCUGACCAACGAGGAGACUUUACAGCUACUAAUGGCGGAGAACAAAACUCUUGUUGCCCCGAUGUUGGAUUCGCAGACCGGAUACUCCAACUUUUGGUGUGGAAUUACCCCCCAGGGAUUCUACCGCCGGACUCCUGAUUACUACCCCACAAAGAACCGUCAGCGCACCGGCUGCUUCCCGGUACCCAUGGUUCAUUCCACGUUCCUUCUGGACCUCCGGAGAGAAGAGAGCCGCAGGCUGGCCUUUUACCCUCCGCAUGUUAACUACACCUGGACCUUUGAUGACAUCAUUGUCUUUGCUUACUCCUGUUUGGCAGCCGGGGUACACGGUUAUAUCUGUAACAAAGACCAGUAUGGCUACAUCAAUGUCCCGGCACAGCCACACCAGGACAUGGAGGACGACCAUCUGAAUUUCGUGCACCUAAUGCUCGAAGCCAUGGUGGAAGGCUUUCCGUUCCGUCCCUCGCGUUUUGUGUCCGCGCCGCAGAGGAAUCCGAACAAGAUGGCAUUCGACGAGAUUUUUCUGAUUAAUCUUCCCCGUCGCCCUGAGAGACGGGAGAGGAUGCUCCGCUCCUUGUACGAACAGGAGAUAUCAUGCCGUAUUUUGAACGCCGUGGAUGGGAGCGCGCUGAACAGCAGCGAGAUUAAACGGAUGGGGGUGAACCUGCUGCCCGGGUUUUACGAUCCAUUCUCUGGCCGGACGCUCACCAAGGGCGAGGUGGGCUGCUUCCUGAGCCAUUUCCAGAUCUGGCAGGAGAUUGUCGAUCGGCAGCUCGACGCGACCCUGGUGUUCGAGGACGACGUACGCUUUGGGUCGUUCUUCAAGAGAAAAAUGGUCCGCCUGAUGGACGGCGUCCGUCGCUCACAGCUGGACUGGGAUCUCAUAUACAUCGGCAGGAAGCAGGUGACCACAGAUCCGGAGCCGCCGGUGGCCGAUGUUCCUGACCUCGUCGUGGCUGGUUACUCCUACUGGACGCUGUGCUACGUCAUCUCGCUGCAAGGUGCCCAGAAACUCCUGAACGCCGAGCCUCUCUCCAAAAUGCUUCCGGUCGAUGAGUUCCUGCCCAUCAUGUCGGACGCGCACCCAAACGAGGAGUACAAACGGCACUUUUUGAACCGGAACCUGCGUGUUUUCUCCAUUCACCCUCUUCUUGUGUAUCCCACUCAUUACACGGGGGAGCCCAGCUGGCUGAGCGACACGGAGACCUCCACUCUAUGGGAUGACGAUAAGGUGCACACAGACUGGAGCGGCUCGCAGAAGACCCUCAAAGACUCCCGGGGGGACCCCGUUCAUCGCGGGUUACACUCUGCGCAACACGAUGAGCUCUGACCUUCUGAUGAUGUCAGAAGAUCUUCUGGAUCAUACCCAAUGUGGCUAAAAA